UGACUCGACGGGAAACACUUGUUCCCGGUUUUUCUCACGAGAGCAUCGGGACUAAGGGAUUGUAUUACUGUCUGUGUUUGUUUUGUGUUGUAUCUUUUAGACAAAAGCACAAAUUUAUAAAACGAGUGAUAUUUAUAUUAAAAAAAAUAGUAGGGAGAAUUUCUAAAUUAUCUCCUUUUCAGGGGGACGAGAACUGAAAAGGUCUUGUAACGUCGGGUUAACUAAUUAAUAAUAGAAAGGUCAGCAAAAAUAAUGAACAGAUAGCUAUGGUAGAUAAUUGUACAAAGGUAGAGAUUACUUGAUAUAAUGUGUAAGGGAGUGAAUGUCAGUUGGGAGACGGAGACCUUGAUGGGCACGCCUCCAGCGCCUUCAACAUGGGAACGGAUCAUUCCCAGAGCAGCUAUAUCCCACAUUGGUCUGUUUGUAGCCCUCAUGCUGUACACAGGAGGUGGAGGUUUGGUAUUUAGAGCGUUGGAGUAUCCAGCAGAGAUAGCAAAACAGGAAUAUCUUCGGGAUCGAUUGCUCGCGGAGCGGUGGAAUCUAAUACGUGUGGUGUCUGAUUACACGUUUAAUGGCACUGAAGAGAUGACUGUAGAAAAAAUACUAAGCGAACAAUUGGCUGUUUAUGAAAAGGUUUUAGAAGAAGCAUCUGGGAGUGGGUUAGCGUUUGAGGUGGACAGAAACUUCCCUGCUUUAGAAGAAAAAUGGAGUAUAUUGCAAGCGGUAUUCUUUGCAUCCACCGUUCUCACCACAAUAGGUUAUGGAAAUAUUGUUCCAGAGACAUUUUGGGGUCGACUAUUUUGUAUUGCGUAUGCGUUGAUUGGAAUUCCAUUGACACUAACAGUGAUCGCUGAUUUAGGAAGAGCGUUCGCAACUGUAGUGUCCAUGAUAGCGAAACAAUUGCCUGAAAUGCCGAAGAUCUGUAACCGGGUUUCCAAGGCUAAUCCAGCUGGACAACGUUCGUUGUAUGCGUUUUGGGCCGUGUGUUUCCUUUUCGUGUACUUAUCGGCUGGUGCUGGAUUAUUUAAGAUGUGGGAAGACGAUUGGAGUUUCUACGAUGGAUUUUACUUUUGUUUUAUCACCAUGACUACUAUUGGUUUUGGUGAUCUAGUUCCAAAAAGGCCGAAGUACAUGUUAUUAUGUACGUUCUACAUACUAAUCGGUCUGGCCCUCACGUCGACUAUAAUCGAGCUAGUUCGACGUCAGUACGCGCGCUCGUGGCAACAAUUGCGGGCUCUCUCCGGUCCCUUGGCAGACACAUUGCGAAGACUUGGCGACGCCGGGAGAGGGGUCGACGUGUCUGCGCUCCAUAACGAUCUUCGGAAGGUCCUAACUGUCGUAACGAUGCCUCGGUUCAGUGGAGGCCGUGAUGCUUUGAACGAAAAACGUCAGCUGGAAUGGGAGGCAGCUCUCGAAGCUGUCAUCAAGAACAUGACAAGUCCACUCCCAGCUCAACAGAAACCACCAAUCGUUCAAAUUGUUAUAUACGAGUCUUCCGUUUAGGCUGAUUGCUUCGAUAUUUUUAAGCUGCGCUCGCAAAUUCUAUCCUUAAAAUUUCCCUGCAAUGCUGAUUUAGAAACAAGUGCUAGUAGAAUAUGAUUACGUAGUUACUGUAAUAUUUAUACUUUGGUAUCUUUAUUACAGCAUUCAGUGAUUUAGUAUUGCGUAGAUCUUUUCUUCCCACGACCUACUUUUCCAGUUAUAGAAUUUUAGUGUUGAAAUGGUCUAUCGUCGUCUCUUGCCUGUAAUAUUUAUACAUCGAAAUCUUUGAUGCUUCCAAAGAUCUAGUCUUGGAAAGACCUUUUCUUCCAUUGUACCCGAUUCUGUUAUCCAGUACCGAUCUCCGUGUUGUCAGAAUAUUUUACCAGAGUUAAAAUAGUCUGCCGCACUCUCUAAUAUUUCAUUUGACUCUUCUUGUCUCGCAGUGUGCUCCGCCAGCUUCGAUUUAUCGUAUGUAUUCUCUUUAUAAUCUUUAGAUUCGAUAAAAUUCAAUACGUAUUGAUAUAAUCAUUUUGCCUCGUCGAGUUAGUUAAACAAAUGCAAUAUAAAUUGUUGUACUUUAAAUUGUAAUUAAAUGAAUAUUUUUGUAAA